AUCAUGGCAGCUACAAUAUGUCGUCUCGUGAUUCUGGCUGUGUCCAUCGUUUUGUCGGCAUGUCAGACAAAAGAAACAAACUACGUGAUUGGAGCAGGUAUUGCAGAUAUUACCGGACCAGCAGCCGGAAUUAAUAUGAUGGGAUAUGCUAACCCUGCACAAAUAUCCAGUGGACUACACCUGAGACAGUAUUCGAGAGCGUUCAUCGUGUCUGAGAAGAGUUCUAGUUCCCCAGUAGUGUUCAUUAGUACCGAUUCAUGCAUGCAGUCACAGGAUCUGAAAUUGGAGGUCGUCAGAAAAUUGAAAGCAAAGUAUGGAAAGCUUUAUACAGAAAGGAAUAUCUGUAUCAGUGGGACACACACUCACUCUGGGCCUGGAGGGUUCCAUCAGUACCUACUCUACGAUAUUACCUCCCUUGGAUUUGUCAAUGAAACACUUCAGGCAUAUGUUGAUGGAAUUGUAAAGAGUGUAGAUAAUGCACAUAUGGCCAGGAAGCCAGGCAAUAUCUACAUCAACACUGGGGAACUACUGGACAGCAACAUCAACAGGAGUCCAGCCGCUUAUGUCAGAAAUCCACCAGAGGAAAGAGCCAGGUACAACUACAAUGUUGACAAGAACAUGACCGUUCUGAAGAUGGUAGAUGCUGAAGGCAAGGGCAUAGGAAUGAUCAGCUGGUUUGCAGUACACUGUACCAGUAUGAACAACACCAACGGGUUGGUGAGCAGUGACAACAAAGGAUACGCCUCUCAACUGAUGGAGGAAAACUUCACCCAGGACUUUCCAGGCAAUGGUAAAUUUGUGGCAGCCUUUGCACAAUCUAAUGAAGGAGAUGUAUCUCCCAACACUGCUGGACCAAAAUGUCUUGACACAGGAAAACCUUGUGAUCUUCCUACAAGCACCUGUAAUGGCAGGAAUGAACAAUGUGUCGCCUUUGGACCUGGGAAAGACAUGUUUGAGAGUACAAAGAUAAUCGGGGAGAACCAGUAUAAAAAAGCCAUGGAGCUGUAUAAUAAAGCUACAGUACAGUUAUCAGGACCAGUGGACUUCAGGCAUUCCUAUGUAGAUAUGACCAAUGUCCAAGUACAAGUCAACGCCACUACCAAGGUAAAGACAUGUAACACUGCCAUGGGAUUUAGUUUUGCAGCAGGAACAACAGAUGGACCUGGAGCAUUUAAUUUCAACCAAAGUGAUACAACUGGAAAUGCUUUUUGGGAUGCUAUACGAAAUUUCAUCAAGGCACCUUCUCCUGAACAAGUGAAAUGUCACCAUCCAAAGCCAAUUUUACUGGACACUGGGGAGAUCACCUUCCCUUAUGCUUGGCAGCCCUCUAUUGUUGAUGUACAGAUACUGAGAAUUGGACAAUUAGCCAUUCUGGGUGUCCCAGCAGAAUUCACAACUAUGUCUGGGAGAAGAACAAGAGAUGCUGUUACAAAGGCACUGAUACAGGGAGGACUAUCGUCUGACACAGUCUCUGUGAUCGCUGGUCUAUCUAAUGAUUAUGCUGAUUAUGUUACCACCUACGAGGAAUACCAGCAACAAAGAUAUGAGGGAGGAUCAACAAUAUAUGGACCAAACACACUGCAAGCCUUCAUACAGGAACUUGUCAAACUGGCCAACAACAUGACAAAGGGUGAGCCUGCCUCCCCAGGACCAAAUCCUCCUGAUCUGAUUAGUAAAGAGUGGGGGUUUGUACCCCCGGUGAUAUUUGAUGCAGCACCACGAGGAUUUGGAACCCUGUUGUCUCAAAUGCAACCUUCCUAUAAACAGGGAACAAGAGUUCAAGCUAAAUUUGCAGCAGCACAUCCACGGAAUAACAGACGGGCUGAAGGGACAUUCCUGACAGUAGAGCAUCAAGUUUCAGCAGAUAAUUGGCAGGUGGUCUACAAGGACAGUCAAUGGUGUACCCAGUUCCACUGGGUAAGGACAAGUACAAUCUUCGGUGAGAGUGAGGUUACCAUUAUUUGGGACAUACCAGCUGAUCAAGCACCAGGCACCUAUAGACUGCAAUACUUCGGAGAUUCCAAAAGUCUUUCUGGCACAAUCACGCCUUUCUCUGGACAAACCCCAGCCUUCCAAGUCACAAUUUAAUAUCACACGAUGUAUUACAUGAUGUCAUGACAUACUACAGGCAAUUGUUUCGAAGCUGAUCAUGUUGUUAUUGGGAAAUUAUAUGUUGUUAAUUACCUCAAUUAAUUGGUAUUUUUUUUACUGUAACAUGGGAGAAUAAGCUAUUGAUUUGAUGGAUUGAUAUUGCAGUGUUUGUUAUGGGAAACUAGAGAGACACUUGUUUUUACAUUAUUAAUUCUUUUAAAGAUCUCAGAUCUCUGUUAAAGGCUAUAGUUACACCUCAUUGUGCUAUGGUGCCAACUGAUAUUGAAUGAUAGUUUUUUUUACAUCACCUGACUUCAGGGUGGUCAUCACCAAGACUAUUAUCUUAUAGAUGCUGUGCUUUAUUAUGUUUUGAAGCUGAUAAUUGUCCAAACUGAUGUUUAGUUGAUAAUCCUAGUGUACUGAUUGAGUUUGUGUGAAACUUUCGUUCUGAUUGACUUUAACAUUCACCAUCCUAACAGCUGAUAUUAUUAAGAAGUCUACUGACCGGUAUGAUCUGUGCUACAAUGAUGUUCUGUCAGAAACAGUUUGUACAGCUGAUAGAAAUCGAUUGUGAUCCAUUAAUUUAUGUGCCAAAGAAUGAUGUCGAUCCAAUUUUAUAGAAUCUUGAUUUCUUAAUAUGGGAUGCAUUCCAACACCUUGUUACAUGAUUUUGAUAAUUUUUUAUGUAUAUUCAGAAAUAAAAAUAAAAACUGA